AGCCAGAAGCUCUUGUGUGCAGCUUAAUACGCCUAACUCAGCCGUUCCUAUUCAUAGCUUAUGUGUGCUGAGCCACAGAGCCUUGGUGAGGACACAAUUCUCAGACGUCUGUCGACGAAUAAAGCCGGCUGUUAGUUCGUGUAAUGUGGGACAGAGCUCCGCCGUCUGUUUACGUGCAGUGUGGCGCAGUGCUCACGCUCACAGUGGCCGGCUUUUUGUUGAUUCGGAAAUGGAUUGCUGGUGGCAUGUGCACAAGUCAAGCUCGCCUUGACGGAAAAACUGUAUUGAUUACUGGAGCCAACACUGGCAUUGGCAAAGCAACAGCACAGGAUAUGGCUCGCCGAGGGGCUCGGGUGGUGAUGGCCUGCCGGGACAUGAGACGGGCUGAAAUCGCUGCGCAAGAGAUACGGCGAGCCACAGAAAAUGGAAAUGUGGUCAUCCGACACCUGAAUCUAGCCUCCCUUUAUUCCAUUCACGAGUUUUCCAAAGAAUUUAUAGCCACAGAGGAACGGCUGGAUAUUCUCAUCAACAAUGCAGGUGUAAUGAUGUGCCCCAAGUGGAUCACAGAGGACGGCUUUGAGGCACAGCUAGCUGUCAAUCACCUGGGCCAUUUCUUACUUACCAAUCUUCUGUUGGGAAUUCUCAAGAGCUCUGCCCCAAGUCGUGUGGUGAAUGUGUCCAGUAUUGCACAUGUUGGCGGAAAGAUUCAUAUCGAUGAUCUAUUUUUUGACAAGAGGCAAUACAACUCUCUGGAUAGCUAUAGGCAGAGUAAGCUGGCCAAUGUGCUGUUCUCCAGACAACUUGCUCAGCGGAUGAAAGGUACUGGGGUGGCCUCCUACAGCUUGCACCCUGGAGUGAUCCAUACGGAGUUGAGCCGACAUGUGAAGUCUAAGUACCCCCUGCUAAGUUCUGUACUCACACUCUUUUCCUUCCUGCUGAUGAAGACGCCCUGGCAGGGAGCGCAGACUUCCAUCUACUGUGCUGUGACAGAGGGUCUGGGGGACAAGUCUGGAUGCUAUUUCAGUGACUGUGCUGAGAAGGAGCCUGGCCCAGAAGCUAAAGACGAUGAGCUGGCACAGAAGUUGUGGGAUGAAAGUGCUCGACUGGUGGGUUUGACUACAGUGCAGUAGUCCAUCUACACCUGCUAACAAUUCUGCAAAGAUAUGCAAUGGUUUCCUCAUAAAAUCAAACUGUAUGGAUUCUAUCUGGUACCACUGCUGCACAAUACAUGUAGACAACAGUGCCUACUUCAACCUCAUGAAUAGUACCACACAAUUAUACUUGUUUCUUGAUUAAUCCCCUCAAAUUGCAACCACAGUGCAAUUUGCAUUCAAAAUUUCAUUGCUUACACAUGAUUAUUCAUUCAGAAUCUUAGGUUGUAUUUCUUUUGUUGUGUUCCUGUUCCAACUUUAUUUUUAGGUUUAUGAAACUUCUGUAAUGUAACGCAGUAAAAAGAUUUCUAUCUAUACACACAUUAUGAUGUCCAUAUACAGUAGGGUUCAUACAUGUACACAGUAAAGAUAUGUACAGUAUAAUGUGUAUAUUUAUACGUUAUAUCUCGUAAUUCUUUGACAGAGACUGUAAGUCUGGACACCACCAAAAAUUCAAUUCAAUUCAAUUCAAUUCAAGUUUAUUUGUAUAGCGCUUUUUACAAUAGACAUUGUCUCAAAGCAGCUUUACAGAACAUAAACACAGAGCAGAAGGUAAACAUAAUAAUAAAAAAAAAGCAUUCAAAAAACUUUUGGCCUCCCCAAAAUGAUCCAUCUGAUUGUUCCUGCUGGAAAUCUGGCAAACAAUUUACAUAAACGAUAUGGUGUACACACUAAAUUUAUUAUAGAGAGAAUGUGCUACUGAGAAUUUUUUAAUACAACUUUUUAACCAAACCUUCUAUUUAAUUGCACCACCUUUUGCAAUAUCUUGUGUGAUGGCCUUACAGUAGUUGAGUGACUUCCUGUUUUAUAGUUGUGUAAAUCACUUCUUACCCCUAGAUGGAAGCAAAGUAAGGCAAAGGCUACAAGACAAAAUAAAAACUUUGUAUCAAGUUUUGGUCUGGUUUAUUUGUGUGUGUGUGUGUGUGUGUGUGUGUGUGUGUGUGUGUGUGUG